GAGGCACAGCUGGAUGAAGAAGGACAGUUUCUUGUCAGAAUAAUUUACGAUGAUUCCAAAACCUAUGAUCUGGUUGCAGCUGCAAGCAAGGUCCUUAAUCUAAAUGCUGGGGAAAUUCUUCAAAUGUUUGGGAAGAUGUUUUUUGUGUUUUGUCAAGAAUCUGGUUAUGAUACAAUUCUACGUGUCUUGGGCUCAAAUGUCAGAGAGUUUUUGCAGAACCUGGAUGCUUUGCAUGACCACCUUGCUACUAUUUACCCGGGCAUGCGAGCCCCUUCCUUCAGAUGCACUGAUGCAGAGAAGGGGAAGGGACUCAUUCUGCAUUACUAUUCGGAAAGAGAAGGUCUCCAGGAUAUUGUCAUUGGAAUCAUUAAAACAGUAGCUCAGCAGAUCCAUGGUACUGAAAUAGAUAUGAAGGUUAUUCAACAGAGAAACGAGGAAUGUGACCACAUUCAGUUUUUAAUUGAAGAGAAAGAGUCCAAAGAAGAGGACUACUAUGAAGACCUUGACAGAUUUGAAGAAAAUGGUACCCAAGAGUCUCGCAUCAGUCCUUAUACCUUCUGCAAGGCCUUUCCUUUCCACAUAAUAUUUGACAGAGAUCUGGUGGUUACGCAGUGUGGCAAUGCUAUAUACAGAGUCCUUCCACAGCUGCAGCCAGGAAAUUGCAGUCUGUUGUCAGUUUUCUCCUUGGUCCGGCCUCAUAUUGAUAUUAGUUUCCAUGGGAUCCUCUCACAUAUCAAUACAGUCUUUGUACUGAGGACCAAGGAGGGGCUGUUGGAUGUGGAAAAGCUAGAGUGUGAAGAUGAACUGACUGGCACAGAAAUCAGCUGCUUACGCCUGAAAGGGCAAAUGAUCUACUUGCCUGAAGCAGACAGCAUUCUCUUUCUGUGUUCGCCAAGCGUUAUGAACCUGGAUGAUUUAACCAGAAGAGGUUUGUAUCUGAGUGAUAUUCCAUUGCAUGAUGCUACCCGUGAUCUGGUUCUUUUGGGAGAGCAGUUCCGAGAGGAAUAUAAACUGACUCAAGAGCUUGAGAUCCUCACUGACAGACUGCAGCACACACUGCGUGCACUGGAAGAUGAAAAGAAAAAGACAGACACAUUACUGUACUCUGUUCUACCACCGUCAGUGGCAAAUGAGCUGAGACACAAGCGUCCUGUUCCAGCCAAGCGGUAUGACAAUGUGACCAUUCUUUUCAGUGGCAUUGUGGGAUUCAAUGCCUUCUGUAGUAAACAUGCCUCUGGAGAGGGAGCCAUGAAGAUUGUUAAUCUCUUAAACGAUCUUUACACGAGAUUUGAUAUUCUGACUGAUUCACGAAGGAAUCCAUUUGUUUAUAAGGUGGAAACAGUUGGGGACAAGUAUAUGACAGUGAGUGGUCUACCAGAGCCUUGCAUUCAUCAUGCACGAUCUAUCUGCCACCUGGCAUUGGAUAUGAUGGAAAUAGCAGGCCAAGUUCAAGUAGAUGGUGAGCCUGUACAGAUAACAAUAGGAAUCCAUACUGGUGAGGUAGUCACAGGUGUCAUAGGCCAAAGGAUGCCACGUUACUGUCUCUUUGGAAAUACUGUCAAUCUAACAAGCAGAACAGAAACUACUGGAGAAAAGGGAAGGAUCAAUGUCUCUGAAUAUACUUACAGGUGUCUUAUGACACCAGACAAUUCAGAUCCUCAGUUCCACCUGGAGUACAGGGGUCCAGUUUCUAUGAAGGGUAAAAAAGAACCAAUGCAGGUUUGGUUUUUGUCCAGAAAGAGUACAGAGACAGAGGAAACAAAGCAAGAUGCUUUCUGA